AAAAAAAAACAGUAAACAAUCACACGUUGGCGUUUUAAAGCUUUCGACUCGAGUGAAGCUUUACGAGUCGAAAUUCGAUCGGUUGGGAUUCCGGCGCGAGCGAGCGAGCGAGACCCUCGACUCAGCUUCUCGCAGCAAAGACCUCGAGGUGAAAAGCAAUGUCGCGUUUCGGACGCGCCUGCCCCAAACGUUUCCGCGUCACGGCCGUCGGUGGUGAGAAUCGGUGGGGGAAGAGAGAGAGAGAGCGAGAAAAGAGAGAGAGAGAGCGCGGAAGAGUCGUCUCGCGGCACGAAAGGAGGAAAGAUUUCAAAGUGAUCCCCCCGCUGCGAAAGAAAUCAGAGGUGUGCGAGGAGCAGAAAUGCGAAGAGGAAGUAUUUCUGUUGGCUAUGAAUUAUCUGGAUAGAUUUUUAUCUUCGGUUCCAACCAAAAAGUGUCACCUCCAGCUGCUGGGGGCAGUCUGCAUGUUUCUGGCAUCCAAGUUGAAAGAAACCAUCCCCCUAACAGCUGAGAAGCUCUGCAUUUACACAGACAAUUCAAUCGCUCCACAGGACCUGCUGGACUGGGAGAUAGUUGUUCUUGGGAAGCUGAAAUGGGAUCUCUCGGCUGUAACUCCAAAUGAUUUUAUUGAACAUAUCCUGGGAAAACUGGCUUUUCCAGUAGACAAGCUGGAACUUAUUAAGAAACACACUCUGACCUUCAUUGCCAUGUGUGCCACAGAUUUCAGUUUUGCCAUGUACCCGCCUUCCAUGAUAGCAACGGGGAGUAUAGCAGCAGCAAUCCGUGGACUUGGAAUUUCAUGUAGUUCGCUUUCGGAUGAGUCUUUGACAGAGCUGCUAGCCAAGAUCACCUGCACAGAACUGGAUUGUCUGAAGGCUUGCCAAGAACAGAUUGAAGCUGCCCUGGCAGAGAGCUUAAAACAAUCUCAGCAACAACAGCAGGAACAAGCCAUGUCCUCAAAAACUGUACAUGAGCCAGACCAAACCAGCACUCCUACAGACGUAAGGGACGUCAAUCUGUGACAGUCCUAGUGGAAUUCUUUUUAAAAAAGAGAACAGCCUGGCCCUGUGGAUUAUGAUCUUGAAGUUGCCUUUGUUAUUUUAGUACUACAAUGCUAUCUGAAAGGACACUGCUUUAUAUCUAUAUUUUGCAUUGUCAUGCGGGGUGAAAAACGCUGAAGGAAGCACAAACGUAAGAGAAGAGGAGCAUUUGUGAGAAGGAAAAUAGAGCAAAGAUUAUCUCUUGACAUUCCUGAAUCCUGUGGCUGUCUGUGAAUUACAUAAAAGAAAGUUGGAUUGUGA